AUGUAUGAAUUGUGCCCGUCAACCGAUCACAUGUACUUGAAAUCUGACUCUACCAAGGUCAAUCUUCUUGGCUUUAAAUCACGUGGCAGUAUCGUGAAACAGAAAGUAGAAAUGUCUGGAUGUACUUUCAGUUGUGAGGCUGGCACCCAAGGAACACGAUGUGAAACCUCUCCCCCGGUGUGUGACCGUAUCAGUCCGUGCACAGACAAAGGCAAAUGUGAUGAAUCGGGAGGAACUGCAAACUGUACUUGUGAGAAAAAUUAUGCUGGGGUGUCGUGCCAGCUGAUUAAAGAUUCCUGUUCCGCUGAUCCCUGUAAUCCGGGAGGAAGCUGUAAAACUCAGACUGUCGGCUACCGCUGCGAAUGUAUGGAUGGCUACCAAGGAGACGAUUGUAAAGUAGAAAGCCCACUGUGUGGUAGUGGUGCCUGUUCAUCUGGACAAUCCUGUGAGCAAGAAGGGAGGGUCGAGUACUGCUUGUGUCCUGCUAAACAAGUGUCUGUGGGAAGUGCAUGUAAAGAUGGUUCACUUGACUUUGACCUAUGGUUUGACAAGGGCAUGGUGUCUGUUGAUGUGUUGUCCGGACAACCUUUCAAGUUAAACAGUGCUGGAAACAUGACAGUGAUGUUCUGGAUUGGUCUGUUGACUGGUGUAUCAAGUGGAACUGUCUUCAAGAUCAAAAACGACAUGGACAGUACAGCGUUCCUAGAGGUUAAGACCAACAAUGUAAGCUUUAAGGGGAAUGAAAUUGCAAUGACAGUGCCUUCUGGCAAGUGGAACCACAUUGCUGUAACUUGGCAGUCCGAUGGAAAGUAUGAACUGAUCAUUAAUGGCAUUAAAGAGAAUGGUGACACUACACCGCCUGCAUUUCAAGAGAAAUUGCUAAGACUUGUGUUUGACAGUCAGUUCACUGGAUAUGUGUCCCAGCUUACAGUGUGGCGAGACAUCUUACUUUACACUAAGAUACUAGAGGCCAUUAAUAAUCCCCAGUAUCUACCUUCAUUUGACCUUGCACUUGGAUGGUAUGACUACAGUCUGACAAAAUCUACCUGGAGACUGACACCAAGUCGAGCAAUGGCCGAUGGAAAACUGUGUGAUGCACAACGAAUCAUGGACUCCACAUACAAGAUGGCUCCACCCUCUAACAACUGCCCUGAAUCAGCCAUUCAUAAGGUAUCCACUUCCAGAACAGUGCAGGUCCGAAAUGUUGUACCAACAAUCACGUUUGGAGGACAAGAACCAAUUACAGAUAACUUGAAAGGUUGUAUUGACAAAAAGCUAGUUUAUCACCCAUCUUAA